GGCAGCCCCUGAGCAGUCGCUGGCCUCUCCGGACGCCGUGUGAGGGUGUCCGCGGCGUCCGGCGCCGCGCAGAGCCAGCAGAGAGACGGGAGGGAGCCGUGUCUCGCACGGGCGGAGCGGGCAGGAGCAGAGGAGAGAGCGGGAGCAGGUGUGCCACGGGGAAAGCCGUGCUCUCCUCUCUCAGGGCUGUGAGCAAAGCCAGAGCCAACGCCGAGAGUGCCGUGGGGGGACAGUGUUGGUGCCUCCCCAGUUCUGCAGGCCGGGUUUGCUGUGCAGGGAGCCCGUGGCCGUGCGAGCGUGUGCGCGGCGGCCGCGGAGGCAGGAUGAGCCGCGGUGCGGGGUGUGAUUCUGGGGAGCGCGAUUCCUUCUGUCUCGCAUAUUGCGGUAAAACAUGCUGAGGACACCUGUGGCGGGGUGAAGCAAAAACUAUGGCACAGCUGAUCGGAAGCAGAAGCCUGGCUUGUUUUCUGUUUUUGUUUACUGGCUGUCAUGACUUACUAGGUGACAACGCGAGCAGCCAGCCCUGCUUCUCGGGACGCAGGAAUGUGGUGAAGAUGCCUCCGAGAGGCAGAGACCGGGCUCUAUCCUCAGAAGCGCCUGUUUGCCUGUGGGCUCCGUGCAUUCACUAAAGACGAGGGCUGGACAACCCGUGUUAUUAGGGGGCAGCAAGGAAAGCGGAACCUCGCCAUGGGGUUCGACAGGAGCUGGGCGCUGGUGAAUGAGAGCGACCGUGCCCCGUCCCCGGCUGUCACCGGGGCUCUGGAGACGGGCAGCGCCUCGGCCGGGCAGAUGGUGUGGCAGGGCGGCAAUGCCAGCGAGGCGGGCGCCGUGAAGAGCGAGCAGCACGGCGAGGAGCAGAGCUACCGGCACUUCACCACCGCCGUGCAGGUUAUCAUCUUUGUGGGCUCUCUGCUGGGUAACGUCAUGGUGCUGUGGUCCACGUGCAGAACGUCGCUGCUGAAAUCGGUAACAAACCGCUUCAUCAGGAAUUUGGCCUGCUCGGGGAUCUGUGCCAGCCUGGUCUGUGUGCCUUUCGACAUUGCCCUUAGUGCCAGUCCACACUGCUGCUGGUGGAUCUAUACGAUGCUCUUCUGCAGAAUUGCCAAGUUUCUGCACAAGGUCUUCUGCUCGGUGACCAUCCUUAGUUUUCCAGCCAUCGCUCUUGACAGAUACUACUCUGUUUUAUAUCCUCUGGAAAGAAAAAUAUCUGAUGCAAAAUCCCGAGACCUGGUUAUCUAUAUCUGGGCCCAUGCAAUAGUAGCCAGCAUUCCAGUAUUUGCUGUGACCAAUGUGUCUGAUAUUUAUGCCAUGUCCACUUGCUCUGAAUCUUGGAGCUACUCCCUUGGCCACCUGAUAUAUGUCAUCAUCUAUAAUAUCACCACUGUGAUUGUGCCCGUGGCUGUGGUAUUUCUCUUUAUGAUUCUCAUUCGCAGAGCGCUGAGUGCCAGCCAGAAGAAAAAAGUGAUCAUAGCUGCAUUAAGGACCCCUCAGAAUACAGUUUCUAUCCCAUACGCCUCCCAGCGAGAAGCCGAGCUCCACCUCAUGCUGCUUUCCAUGGUUAUGAUAUUUAUCCUCUGCAGCGUCCCCUAUGUGACUCUGGUCAUUUACCGCACCAUACUCAACAUUUCAGAUAUUUCAGUCUUCUUGCUCCUCACUGCUAUCUGGCUGCCCAAGGUCUCCUUGCUGGCCAACCCUUUGUUGUUUUUAACUGUUAACAGAUCGGUGCGGAAGUGCUUAGUGGGGAGAGUAGUGCAGCUGCACCGGAGGUUCAGCAGGAGAAACACUGUCAGCUCGGGUGGUAUUGCAGAUGAUAAUCUGGAGCCCAGUGUCCAUUCAGGAAGCCAGCUUCUGGAGAUGUUUCAUAUUGGGCAACAGCAAAUCUUCAAGCCGAUGGAAGAUGAGGAGAAUGAGACCAAAUCCAUUGGCUCUGGUGACUUUCAAAGGAAAGAAAUUCCUAGCACCAGUUUGGAGCUCGGACAGACUUUGGUUCACAGGUUUGUACCACAGAUGAUUGCGGACUCUGCAGCUCAGGUGGCCCCAGCUGUGCCCACAGAAGCUGAUGCAGUAAAUGACAAAUAUUCCAUGCAGUUUGGUUUUGGACCCUUUGAGCUGCCUCCACAGUGGCUCUCAGAAAACCGGAACAAUAAGAAGCGACUCCUGCCUCCUUUGGGGAAUACCCCUGAAGAGCUAAUCCAGACAAAACAGCCCAAGUGUAAAGCAGAAAGAAAAGUCAGCAGAAACAAUAAAGUCAGUAUUUUUCCCAAAGUGGAUUCUUAGUAAGAGCAGGAGCUUUAAGUGACAGAGGAAUGUCACUUUCUAUUACAUUUUUGAUCCCAUGGAUCUUUAUUAUGUUGAAAUUUGUUACAGCCUGAUUUUUUUUGCCAAAUAUAAGUUAAAACGAACCAACAAAAGAAAAACAUAUAUAUACAUGUUCCUUAUUAAUAUGAACUACUUAAUCAAAAUAAUAUAUCAAAUAUAUAUGGAAAUUUGUAGUUUGAUCUCUGAAAUCCCUACAAUGAUACCUUGUUAUUAACUUUCAAAAGUGCAUAUGAAUUUGGGAACUAUUUUAAUGUCUUAAUUAUGGAAAUGCAGCAGUUGGUUUUCUGGGAAAUGUUUUGUUGUAUUAAAAUGGACUGGGCAUCAAAGAAACUUUACAGGAAAGGCUGUAGAGAGCAGAAGACAUGCAGCAUGGUAAGUCCUACUCUCCUACACAUAGACACAGCAAGAUUCUGCACAUUUCAUGAAUGAAGUAGGAUGGACUAUUAAGUGCAUUUGUUUUCUGUUACGCACAUUUAUUUGAUCAGUGUUAAAACUUGAUGGAUUUUUUUGCACAAAUUAGUUACCAAGCAUCUGACAAACAUCUAAAAUAUUUUAAAACCUAGCCACUGGUUUUUGGCUUAAAACAUCCACAAAGCCAAGAAUAUCCAAAUCAUCAUGCAUGUUAAACCUGAGAAAGACCUCUUUUUAUAAAGAUCCCACAUAUAUUCUUGUAGAUUUAAGUAAAAACUGGAUUGGAGACCAUGCAGGACAAAUUCUGACUCCAAUAAACAAAUAUGUAUGUGCUAAGAAUCCUGUGAUAAAGGGCAUAUACAAAUGUCCUUAAAGUGUAAUGUGUGUAUUAAGUAACUAAGGGAUAAACCUUGAAAUAAACUUAGCUGAUGGUGCACUCUGCUGUUUUCUUAUGGGAAAGCAAGCAAAUGAAAGAAAUGGGUGUGAAAUACUAGUGGCCUUUCUCUGAGUGUGACAGUCUCAGUUUCUGAGUCUCUCACACAGA